AUGAGUUGGGGGUGGGGCUGGAGCCACGGCCACUGGCCCGGGCAUGGCUGGGAUCACUGGCAGGGCUGGCGCUGGCACUGGGAUUGGGAUCAUUGGCAUGACUGGCAGGAUUGGGAUUGGGAGGGAUGGUUUAAGGGCAAGGGCCAUAAGGGCCAUAAGGGUCACAAGGGCCACAAAGGCCACAAGGGCCACAAGGGCCAUCGCCACUGUGACGGUCGAGAUCUGGCGAAAUAUGCUUCGGAUGAUCUGAGCACUCUCGGCGUGCUUGGCUCAGGGGUGAGUGGACUGACCUUCCGCGGCAGCUUCCAGAACAUACCGGUGGCUGUGAAAACCUGGGCCAACCAUGUUGAGUUGGAAUGCCUCCGCCGGAUCGCUUCGACAUCCAUGGAGGCGGUGGUGCCUGUGCUUGCCGUGGAUCACCAGACACCAGAGGGCCCCGUCCAAAUCCUCAAGCUGGCCUCGCACGGCACGCUCACAGCCGCCCUUUCAAGGGGCUUUGGCAAGGCAAGCUUCGUGGCCAUGAUCGAGAGUCUCGCCCUGGGUCUCUCAGAGUUGCAUUCGGCCGGCAUCCUCCACUGCGACGUGAAGCCGGACAACGUGGUGCUGCACUCUCCGAGGCCCGGCUCUGCUCAGCUGUGGCUCAUUGACUUCGGGGAUGCCCGGCUGGUGGAUGAGCCCUCCUCCUGGAGAACGCAGCGCCCGGGGGACCCCUCGGUGGCAUGCCAUCCGGAUGUUCACUCCGGCGACUUCUCCCCGGCGACGGAUGCCUGGUGCCUGGCCCAGGCGGCUGCCUGGAUAUGGCAGGGCUGGGAACCAUGGAAUCCAGCGCACCUUGACGAUGCUAUGCCUCUGCAGCAGAUGCUUUACAG